AUGCAGACCCCAACCGCUAUCGUGAGACUCAGGAUCACCUCUCGACCUAUCCAGCGCUGCCUGAAGCUGGGCUUUCCGCGACGCAUGUGGAGCACUUCCUCGACGUCGACGCCGCCCUUCCAUUUGGACCUCAUCUCCAUUGACAAGCACUUGGAGAACUUCCUCUCGACACUUUCCGCCCUUCAGUCUCGCCUGGUAAGGUUUCAUCAGUCACGAAUGAGGUCGGGCGUGGCGCAAGUCGGGAUCCAAACGGUCACUCACACAAGAGACAAGCAAAUGCAUCCCUUCAGCUUAGCCUUUGACUCCAGGUCCACAUCCAGGUUCAGCUCCGAUCUGCAACCUCACAGGCCCAUCGUCCUUGACGCCACCCUGGCACGGUAUCGUCACCGUAGCCUUCUUAGUGGAGUAUUCUUCACCUAG